AUAAUGUUGGCUAAAAUAUAAUCUCAUGUAAUUUUGUUUAUAUGAAAUACAAUCUGAAGGACUUUAGCCCUGUGUAAAUUUAAAUUCUUAUGUUUAAUUGCAGAAUCUGUUAUCUGAAAAGGUAGAACAGCUGAUGGAAUGGAGUUCCAGGCGCUCAAUCUUCCGAAUGAAUGGCGACAAAUUCAGAAAAUUUAUAAAGGCACCACCUCGAAACUAUUCUAUGAUUGUGAUGUUCACAGCUCUUCAGCCUCAGCGGCAGUGUUCUGUGUGCAGGCAAGCGAAUGAAGAAUAUCAGAUACUGGCUAACUCCUGGCGCUAUUCAUCUGCUUUCUGUAACAAACUCUUCUUCAGUAUGGUGGACUAUGACGAGGGGACAGAUGUCUUUCAACAGCUCAACAUGAACUCUGCUCCUACAUUCAUGCAUUUUCCUCCGAAAGGCAGACCUAAGAGAGCUGAUACUUAUGACCUUCAAAGAAUUGGAUUUGCAGCUGAACAGCUAGCCAAGUGGAUUGCUGACCGAACGGAUGUUCAUAUUCGAGUCUUCAGACCACCCAACUACUCUGGCACCAUUGCUUUGGCCCUGUUAGUGUCACUUGUUGGUGGCUUGCUCUAUUUAAGAAGGAACAACUUGGAGUUCAUCUAUAACAAGACUGGUUGGGCCAUGGUAUCUCUGUGCAUAGUCUUCGCUAUGACUUCUGGUCAGAUGUGGAACCAUAUCCGUGGACCUCCAUAUGCUUAUAAGAAUCCACACAACGGACAAGUGAGCUACAUUCACGGAAACAGCCAGGGUCAGUUCGUGGCAGAGUCCCACAUUAUUCUGGUACUAAAUGCUGCUAUCACCAUGGGGAUGGUUCUUCUAAACGAAGCGGCAACAUCCAAAGGAGAUGUUGGAAAAAGACGGAUUAUUUGCCUGGUGGGCCUGGGCCUGGUCGUGUUCUUCUUCAGCUUUCUCCUCUCCAUAUUCCGCUCCAAGUACCACGGCUACCCCUACAGCUUUUUAAUUAAAUGAAGCCAAGUGGGAUUUCCGUCACGUGACAUUUGCCACGACAAUGAAGUGUUCCCGACACACUACUUUGAAUUCUGUUCAUUUUCAUGUUGAUUGUGAUAUUCUGGCGUAUUCUUGUAUUUUUUAAAUGUGAGAUUUCCUAGUAAAUUUAAUUUAUAGAAAUGUGUGGUUAAAGUUAAUAUUAGCACUGGAAAGAACAAAGGAAAUAUGUGUUUUUCAAGCAUAUCAUAUUCAGUGUGUGCCACAGGACUGAAAUAAAUGACAAUGUACCAACUCA